AUGACAGAGAUUGAUAGUUCAAACGGAUCCUUCAUCAUAUUUUCCCAAGGGGUGGGAUAUGGAAUGGUUGUUGGAGUGGGUGCUGUGUUUGCGCUGGUAAUGGGCCUCGUCUCAUGGAUUUUGACAAGAUACAUGAACGAAGUUCAAGACUCAGAGAUGUUGUCCACUGCGAAGAGAUCUAUUAAGUCGGGUUUGAUUGCAAGUGCGGUUGUUUCCAGUUGGACGAUUGGGUCCACUCUUUUACUUUCCGUCACCACCACAUACGAUCUUGGUAUAGCUGGUGCUUGGUGGUACGGUGCUGGUGCAUGUGUCCAGAUCAUCAUCUUUGCUACCAUGGCUAUCGAGCUGAAAAGAAAAGCACCAAAUGCGCAUACUUUCCAAGAGGUUGUUAAAGUUAGAUACGGAACUAUUGGUCACUUGACGAUGUGCGCAUACUCCAUAGGACAGCAACUGGUGUACACUGCCAACCUUUUGGUGAAUGGCUCCUCUGUCUUUGCAAACCUUACUGGAAUGAAUAGAGAAGCCUGCACAGUUUUGCUACCGUUCUUUGUCAUCAUCUAUACCCUUAUUGGAGGUAUCAAAGCAACUUUCCUCACGGACUGGACUCACGUGGUGAUUAUUUAUGUUGUGAUGACAACCUUCCUCUUCAAAGUCUACACCACUUCCGACGUCCUGGGGUCUACAACAAGAGUUUGGGAGCUACUCACAGAAGCCGCUGUCAGCUAUCCAGUGGAAGGAAAUGAAGGAGGUUCUUACCUAACAUUUACCUCUGUGAACGGAGGACUUUUUGGAUUGAUUCUUUUUGGUGCUGGAUGGGCCGCAUCUGUCGACUCUCAGCUUUUCCAGAAAGCUAUUGCUGCUAAUCCAGCAGGCGCCUUAACAGGUUACACCCUCGGUGGGUUAUGUUGGUUUACCCUUCCAUUUGCUCUUGCUACCACCAUGGGUUUAGCAUGCAGAGCUUUGGAAAAUACAGCCAGCUUUCCAAUUCCAGGUGGGCUAACAACAGAGCAACUAUCUAAUGGACUUGCCUUGCCUAUUUCUGCCUAUGCUAUAAUGGGUAAAGGUGGUGCUGGUGCAAUUUUGUUGAUGGUGUUUAUGGCUGUCACUGCUGCAUACUCAUCUGAGACUGUUGCUGUUGCGUCUUUGCUCACUUAUGACAUCUACAAGUCUUAUAUCAACCCAAAGGCAGAUGGAAAGCGGCUUGUUUGGGUCACGCACUUGAGUGUCGUGGGCUUCAGUGUGGUGGCUAUUGGCCUAGCAAUUGGUUUUGGAAGAGCAAAUUUUGAUGUCUCAUUUAUCACCACUGCAUCAGGUAUUGUGGUGAAUGUUUGUGUCGUUCCAAUGAUAUGUACACUGUUCUGGGACAAAGUGUCGUGUUUCUCAUUCGUUGCUACUACGACUUUGAGUACCUGUAUUUCAGUUGCAGUUUGGGUGGGAUAUUCAUAUUCUGCAUCCAAAGACGUUACGAUCCUUACUUUGUCGACCUACAAGGCGUUAGCCGCAGGAAACACUGCUGCUGUGUUUGUUCCUUUGGUUAUCCUUCCAAUUUUUACCUUUAUCAAGCCCGCCAAAUUUGACUGGACAAAGUGGAAAACUGAGAUCUCGCAGGUCGAUGACUCCUCAUUCGAUAAAGAUCAUGGAUUAACAAAUGUGUUGAGCGGUGAAGAAGUUACAGAGAUGGUUUUGUCUGAGGAAGAAGCAGAGGAUGCGAUGAUGAUCAGGAAGAGAAAUAUUGGAAUUGUCCUAGCUACAAUUUUCGUGCUGUUCUUUAUUGUUCUCUUCCCUAUGCCCCUCUACGGAACACACUACAUUUUUGGAAAAACGUUCUUCCGUGGUUACAUUGUGGUUACCUUUUUAUGGGUUUUCUUUUCUGUCGGCGUGGUGACGGUGUACCCCGUUUUCGAAAGUAUGGAUGGAUUCAAGACGCUAUACAAAAAUAUUCUCGGCAAGGGGAGGUCACAAAAACUAUAUUCAGACGAUGUUGUUAGCAGAGUUACAAGUUCCAGAGUUGAAAGAAAAGCAGACGAGAGUAAACUUGAUGCUGUGGUGGGAGUAACAAGUGUAUAG